AUGUCUGAACAUCUCUCAGACGACGUGUCCGAAGAGAAGGUCAUCACACCCAACGACGUUUUCGGAGAGGUCAAGACCUUUGUAACCUCCGAGAGCGAGUGGGUGCCCCCCAAUGAGUGGAUCGAGCGGUUUGUUGCCGAGUAUACCGGUCAUCACGAUGGCAGCACCGAGACCCUGGCUCCCGGUACUGAUCCUCUGAGAGCCGCCUAUGCAGUCUUGACCUUAGAGGAGGACGCUGCCAAGGGCGUCCUUGUCGACGGCCUUAAGGCAUAUCGCCAGGACUAUACCAUUGACCACAACCUUCUUGCCAGGUGCCGGUCGCUUCUGGAAGGACCCGAAGCUCUUGGUACUGAUCGAAACGAUUGGGGCUACCAACUUUGCAAGACGGCCGGUUUCUUCCACAAUUGGUCGUGUUAUGCCGAAGUGAGAGCAGUGACACUCCCCUAUGACGAUGUGGAUGAGCCAUGCGAGACGUUCAGAGCGUACCUUUUGGGAACCCUGUGGGUCUGCGUCGUGACAGCGGUGAACACUUUCUUCUCACAACGUCAACCUGGUAUCAGUAUUCCCGGUCAGCUUGUUCAGCUCUUGCUUGUGCCUAUGGGACGAGGACUCGCUCUCCUUUUGCCAGACUGGGGAUUCACUUUCCGUGGCAAACGCCACUCACUGAAUCCUGGACCGUGGUCGGCCAAGGAGCAAUUGUUCUCGACCAUUUUCUUUGGCGGCGCCUCCACUAUCGGCAACUUUACAGGUCUUCUCGAUUUGCGAAUGCCUGCUUUCUUUGGACUCAAAUGGGUCACCUUUGGUUACGCUUUGAUUCUCGCAUGGGCCAAUCAGCUGUUCGGGUUGGGAAUGGCAGGUAUCCUCCGACGACUCACAGUGUAUCCUACCACUGCAGUUUGGCCACAAUCACUCCCCACUCUGGCGCUGAACAGAACGCUGAUCAGCUCGGACAACAAGCGGGAGACGAUCAACAAAUGGAAGAUCAGUCGUUUCAAUGCGUUCCUCGUCGCCACUGGCAUCUUCAUCGUCUGGUACUGGAUUCCGAACCAAUUCUUUGGCGCCCUCCGUAUCUUCAAUUGGAUGACUUGGAUAGCACCCAACAACAUCAAGCUAGCCGUCGUCACUGGCGGUUACGGGGGCAUGGGCUUCAACCCCAUCUCCACGUUUGACCCUUUGACCUCCGGUAGUGGCGCCAUGAACGUGCCAUUCUUUGCCCAAUUCCAGCAAUUCGUCAUGCGAGUCAUCUCUGGCGUCAUCAUCAUCAUCCUCUACUUUGCCAACGUGUCCUGGGGUGGCUACCUCCCGAUCAAUUCGAACGGUAUCUACAACAACAAGGGAAAGACCUACAAUGUUAGCAUGGUGCUUGACGAAAAGCUCCAGGUCGACAUUGACAAGUACAACGACUACGGCCCCCCAUACUAUUCCAUCUCGAACCUCUUCAUCACCGGCGCAAAUUUCAUGUAUUACACCUUCAGCAUUGUCUAUGUGUUCAUCCGAUACCGCGAGCAGAUUGUCAAGGCCUACUAUGGUGUCGUCAUGAAUGUUGUCAAGAGGCGAAGUGGUUACCAUGGGUUCACAGAUGGAAACACUCGCAUGAUGCUGGCGUACCCCGAGGCUCCGGAAUGGUGGUACACCAUCCUCUUCCUCUUUGGCUUUGUCAUCUCCAUCAUCACGGUCUGUGCCUUCCCCACGCAGACGCCAUGGUGGACGAUCCUCGCUAUUGUUGGCAUUGGCGCCUUUUUGACUGUCCCAUGGGUCAUUAUCCAAUCCAUCGCCGACACUGGAAUUCAGCUUGGAACCAUCUGGCAGGUCCUGCCCGGUCUCUGGUUCCCUGGUGAACCCUUGCCCCAGCUCAUGUUGCUCAUGCUCGGUGACGCGUUCGAAGUUAUGGCGGGAAGUUUCACCAACAACCUCAAGAUGGCCCACUACGCCCGCAUGCCCCCAAGAGCCGUCUUCCGUGGACAUGUCAUCGCCUGUGCCAUCAACGUCGUCAUCUACUGUGCCAUUCUCCAAGUCUACCUCUCGUUCUUUAACAGCGAUUCGACGCUCUGUCAGUGGGACAACCCUCAGCACAUGGUCUGCGCUGGUCCUCACGGUGUCUAUGCAUCAGUCAUUCAGUUUGGCGCAUUCGGGACCAACAACAUGUUCAAGCUCUACCCCAAGCUUUCUUGGUGCUUCUGGCUUGGAGGCAUACUCGGUGUGGGCUGGAUCGCCGGGGAGUAUGGUCUCCCACGUCUCCACAACCGAAUCAAGGGACGCAUGGAGGCGAGCAGGUUCGCGUGGUUCGACCGAUAUAUCUGGACGACGGGUGGCCGAAUCCUCGGAACGCUCAACCCCGCCAUCGCUCUGUCUGGCGCUCUCAAUUGGUCAGGUAACAACAACUUGACCUAUGCUACCACCGGUAUCUACAUCGCUUGGCUGUUCCAGUACUACCUCAAGAGACGAUACACCGCCUGGUGGCAGAAGUACGCGUAUCUCUUGUUCGCAGGUAUCAACGUCGGUGUGGCCAUCUCGGGUCUGAUCGGGACCCUCGUGUUCAGCUUUGGAGCUGGUAAGGGUGUGUCUUUCAAAUGGCGAGGAAAUACCAUCAGUCAGGCCGGAGACGACUGGAAGUUGUACAACAGUGAGGUCGCGUAUCUACCUUUGCCUGAGAAGGGAUACUUUGGUUUGGACAGGAAUCAGUACCCGGAGAAUUGGUAG